AGAAUUAAAGUUCGAGCACAGAGACCUACAUUGGGGGAAUGUUUUGCUCAAUGAAAAUUAUAUAUUCCCUCUUGCAAAUAAGUCGACAAUGUCGUCGACGUUGUUAUCCUCUUCUUCUUCCGCCUCCUCCUCCUCCUCCCGCUCCAUCUCCUUGUGUACAUCCUCAAGAAAUUCUUGCAAAUAUUGUUCUUAUCUGGACAAUAUGGAUGGAGUGGAACAAGAAGAAGGAUCUGAUAAGGAAAAUAAGAGACAUGUCAUUAAUGAAGAAGAAGACGCUGAUGACAAAGAAUUGCACAUUAAUAAUAAUAAUAAAUACGUACAAUUUCGUCUGAAUGAUCAGGCGAUCAGUGUUCCGAAAUGCGGUUGCACAGUAUACCUCAUAGACUUUACCAUGUCUCGUUUAGAACAAGAUGGUGAUUUAGUCUAUGUUGACUUAAGUAGUGACCCUACUUUGUUUCAGUCGCAAGGAGAUUAUCAAUUUGACAUAUAUCGUCACAUGAAAUCGCACACUCGAAAUAAUUGGAAGAAGUUUUCACCGAAAACCAAUGUAAUGUGGUUUCACUACCUAACAACAAAACUAUGCUGUGAUUUGCCCGAACUAGCCUCAUCAUCUCCUGCAUCCGCCUGCAUCAAACGUCGUCAUACCAUUUGUUGUAAACACCUGAAAGACUUAGAGUUGAGCACGCGGAAAUUCAAAUAUAAAUCCGCAUUCGACUUGGUGACAACACAUAAAUUGUUUAAAAAUUGUCGGCAUUUCUUUAGUGAUAAGUAACUGCUCCAAACGUGAUUGUGAAUGUGUGUGUGUGUGUGCACUGCCCUUUCACUUUGUGAAUUGUGCUGUUUUUUAUAUAUUUUUUUCCUUCAGUCUUUCAUUGGCGUCUUCCUGUUUUUGUUUUCAGCGCCCUCAGAUUUGUUUUUUUUAUACUUUAGUAAUACUAUUGUUAUUAUUAUUAUUUUUCUAUUGUUUUUAUUUUAUUGAUUGAGAUAGAAAUUAG